AUGGGUCAUCUUACUCAAAGUGGGGCUGUGGAUGAAACUAAAGCAGAGCAAAAUGAUGAAAAGGGAAGAGACAUAGUUUUUCUUUUGGAUGGCUCUGAAAACACCAGAAAUGAAUUUUCAGCCAUUCAAGAUUUCCUGUACAAAGUAAUAGAAAGAUUUAACAUUGGACCAAAUGAAGACAGAGUUGCUGUGAUUCAGUUCAGCAAUGUGGCACGAGCCAAUUUCUUUUUGAACUCAUUCAUGAGGAAGGAAGAUGUCCUAACAGCUGUCAGAAGGCUUUCACACAAAGGUGGAAGACCUCUGAAAACGGGUGCAGCUCUAAAAUAUGUGAAAGAAAAUGUAUUUACAGCUGCCUCAGGGAGCAGAUUCACUGCAAAUGUGCCACAAGUUCUUGUUGUUUUAAGUAAUGGACCAUCAAGUGACAGUGUGGAUUUACCUGUUGCUUCUCUAAAAGAAAGCAAUGUCACAAUAUUAACCAUUGGAACCAAAAACUCUGACCAGAAAGAAAUGGAGAAGAUAUCACAUACUCCAAUGGAGAGACAGCCACCAGGAAGGGAUGUUGUGUUCUUGUUGGAUGGAUCUGAUGGUACUAGAACUGGAUUCCCAGCUAUGCAAGACUUUGUCCAAAGAGUAGUAGAGAAGCUCAGAGUGGAUGACAACCAAGACCGUGUCUCAGUGGUUCAGUACAGCAGAGAUCCAGCUGUCAAUUUCUAUCUGAACACAUACACGACAAAAGGCGAGAUCCUUGACACUGUCAGAGGUUUGAGGCACAAAGGCGGAAGACCCCUCAACACUGGAGCAGCUCUCCAGUACUUGAGGGAUAAUGUCUUCACGGCCUCUGCCGGAAGCAGGCGCCUGGAAGGAGUUCCACAGGUCCUAAUAUUGCUAAGUGGUGGAAGGUCUUUUGACAGUGUUGAUGCACCAGCCUCUGCUCUCAAACAGCUGGGUGUCCUGACCUUUGCAAUUGGAACCAGGAGCUCUGAUAGUAGAGAACUAGAGAAGAUAUCCAACGAUCCCAAUUAUGUUCUAUCUGUGUCUGAAUUCACUGACCUUCCAAGUAUCCAACAGCAACUUCAGUCCUCAGUGGAGGCUGUGGUUAUUGAAGACACCCCAGAAACACCAACUGUACUUGUUGACACUGCCAAAAAGGAUAUUGUAUUCCUUCUGGAUGGUUCUGAUAGCACAAGGAAUGGCUUCCCUGCCAUGCGUGAUUUUGUUGAGAGAGUGGUGGAGAAACUCAAUGUGGGAGUGAAUAAAGACCGUGUCUCUGUAGUCCAGUACAGCAGAGAUGCAGAGGUCAAUUUCUACCUGAAAACAUACACCACAAGAGAGGAUAUUGUGGAUUCGGUUAGAGGGCUAAAACACAAAGGAGGCAGACCCCUCAACACCGGGGCUGCCCUCCAAUACGUUAGGGAUAACGUCUUUACAAACUCCUCCGGGAGUAGGAGCCUGCAAGGUGUUCCACAGAUGUUGAUCCUGCUAAAUGGUGGAAGGUCUUUUGACAAUGUAGAUACCCCAGCUUCUGCUCUCAAACAGCAGGGCAUCUUUGUGAUUGGCAUUGGAACCAGGAGCUCUGACAGUGGAGAGCUGAAGAAGAUAUCAUACGACCCUCGUUAUGCUCUAUCAGUGUCUGAGUUUACUGACCUCCCCAGUGUCCAAGAACAGCUCUCGUCUGUAAUGAGCACAGUGUUAGUGAGAGCUACACCCAUGACACCAAAAGAAACUGUGGAGAGACAGCCACCAGGAAGGGAUGUUGUGUUCUUGUUGGAUGGAUCUGAUGGUACUAGAACUGGAUUCCCAGCUAUGCAAGACUUUGUCCAAAGAGUAGUAGAGAAGCUCAGAGUGGAUGACAACCAAGACCGUGUCUCAGUGGUUCAGUACAGCAGAGAUCCAGCUGUCAAUUUCUAUCUGAACACAUACACGACAAAAGGCGAGAUCCUUGACACUGUCAGAGGUUUGAGGCACAAAGGCGGAAGACCCCUCAACACUGGAGCAGCUCUCCAGUACUUGAGGGAUAAUGUCUUCACGGCCUCUGCCGGAAGCAGGCGCCUGGAAGGAGUUCCACAGGUCCUAAUAUUGCUAAGUGGUGGAAGGUCUUUUGACAGUGUUGAUGCACCAGCCUCUGCUCUCAAACAGCUGGGUGUCCUGACCUUUGCAAUUGGAACCAGGAGCUCUGAUAGUAGAGAACUAGAGAAGAUAUCCAACGAUCCCAAUUAUGUUCUAUCUGUGUCUGAAUUCACUGACCUUCCAAGUAUCCAACAGCAACUUCAGUCCUCAGUGGAGGCUGUGGUUAUUGAAGACACCCCAGAAACACCAACUGUACUUGUUGACACUGCCAAAAAGGAUAUUGUAUUCCUUCUGGAUGGUUCUGAUAGCACAAGGAAUGGCUUCCCUGCCAUGCGUGAUUUUGUUGAGAGAGUGGUGGAGAAACUCAAUGUGGGAGUGAAUAAAGACCGUGUCUCUGUAGUCCAGUACAGCAGAGAUGCAGAGGUCAAUUUCUACCUGAAAACAUACACCACAAGAGAGGAUAUUGUGGAUUCGGUUAGAGGGCUAAAACACAAAGGAGGCAGACCCCUCAACACCGGGGCUGCCCUCCAAUACGUUAGGGAUAACGUCUUUACAAACUCCUCCGGGAGUAGGAGCCUGCAAGGUGUUCCACAGAUGUUGAUCCUGCUAAAUGGUGGAAGGUCUUUUGACAAUGUAGAUACCCCAGCUUCUGCUCUCAAACAGCAGGGCAUCUUUGUGAUUGGCAUUGGAACCAGGAGCUCUGACAGUGGAGAGCUGAAGAAGAUAUCAUACGACCCUCGUUAUGCUCUAUCAGUGUCUGAGUUUACUGACCUCCCCAGUGUCCAAGAACAGCUCUCGUCUGUAAUGAGCACAGUGUUAGUGAGAGCUACACCCAUGACACCAAAAGAAACUGUGGAGAGACAGCCACCAGGAAGGGAUGUUGUGUUCUUGUUGGAUGGAUCUGAUGGUACUAGAACUGGAUUCCCAGCUAUGCAAGACUUUGUCCAAAGAAUAGUAGAGAAGCUCAGAGUGGAUGACAACCAAGACCGUGUCUCAGUGGUUCAGUACAGCAGAGAUCCAGCUGUCAAUUUCUAUCUGAACACAUACACGACAAAAGGCGAGAUCCUUGACACUGUCAGAGGUUUGAGGCACAAAGGCGGAAGACCCCUCAACACUGGAGCAGCUCUCCAGUACUUGAGGGAUAAUGUCUUCACGGCCUCUGCCGGAAGCAGGCGCCUGGAAGGAGUUCCACAGGUCCUGAUAUUGCUAAGUGGUGGAAGGUCUUUUGACAGUGUUGAUGCACCAGCCUCUGCUCUCAAACAGCUGGGUGUCCUGACCUUUGCAAUUGGAACCAGGAGCUCUGAUAGUAGAGAACUAGAGAAGAUAUCCAACGAUCCCAAUUAUGUUCUAUCUGUGUCUGAAUUCACUGACCUUCCAAGUAUCCAACAGCAACUUCAGUCCUCAGUGGAGGCUGUGGUUAUUGAAGACACCCCAGAAACACCAACUGUACUUGUUGACACUGCCAAAAAGGAUAUUGUAUUCCUUCUGGAUGGUUCUGAUAGCACAAGGAAUGGCUUCCCUGCCAUGCGUGAUUUUGUUGAGAGAGUGGUGGAGAAACUCAAUGUGGGAGGGAACAAAGACCGUGUCUCUGUAGUCCAGUACAGCAGAGAUGCAGAGGUCAAUUUCUACCUGAAAACAUACACCACAAGAGAGGAUAUUGUGGAUUCGGUUAGAGGGCUAAAACACAAAGGAGGCAGACCCCUCAACACCGGGGCUGCCCUCCAAUACGUUAGGGAUAACGUCUUUACAAACUCCUCCGGGAGUAGGAGCCUGCAAGGUGUUCCACAGAUGUUGAUCCUGCUAAAUGGUGGAAGGUCUUUUGACAAUGUAGAUACCCCAGCUUCUGCUCUCAAACAGCAGGGCAUCUUUGUGAUUGGCAUUGGAACCAGGAGCUCUGACAGUGGAGAGCUGAAGAAGAUAUCAUACGACCCUCGUUAUGCUCUAUCAGUGUCUGAGUUUACUGACCUCCCCAGUGUCCAAGAACAGCUCUCGUCUGUAAUGAGCACAGUGUUAGUGAGAGCUACACCCAUGACACCAAAAGAAACUGUGGAGAGACAGCCACCAGGAAGGGAUGUUGUGUUCUUGUUGGAUGGAUCUGAUGGUACUAGAACUGGAUUCCCAGCUAUGCAAGACUUUGUCCAAAGAAUAGUAGAGAAGCUCAGAGUGGAUGACAACCAAGACCGUGUCUCAGUGGUUCAGUACAGCAGAGAUCCAGCUGUCAAUUUCUAUCUGAACACAUACACGACAAAAGGCGAGAUCCUUGACACUGUCAGAGGUUUGAGGCACAAAGGCGGAAGACCCCUCAACACUGGAGCAGCUCUCCAGUACUUGAGGGAUAAUGUCUUCACGGCCUCUGCCGGAAGCAGGCGCCUGGAAGGAGUUCCACAGGAGCUCUGA